UGCCACACCACGCUGUCAAGUCUGAACACACACUAACAAUAAUUGAACCAUUUUCCUAUCUGAUUCUGAGCAAAUAAAUAUAUGAAAAGCAUCUCAAUAUUCCAUUGUUACUUUCAUUUCAAACUUCACAAACCAAAAAAUAGCAACGAUUGUCCACGAUGAGAGACAUGAAAGAUGCAGGUGCCUUGGGAGCCAAGACAGCACGAGCCUGCGAUAGUUGCAUAAGCAGAAGAGCAAGGUGGUUCUGUGCGGCUGAUAAUGCUUUUCUCUGCCAUGGCUGCGACACCUUGGUUCAUUCCGCCAACCAGUUAGCUAGCAGGCACGAAAGGGUUCGGCUUCAAACUGCAUCCUCUAAGGUAACCACCACCACCACGCACGCAUGGCACAGUGGAUUCACACGCAAGGCAAGAACCCCACGUCACAACAACAACAAACACUUUGCACUGCAACAACGUCUCAAAGAAGAAGUUCUCUUCAACAACAGCAGUGUUCUUCCCCUGGUUCCGGAGCUGGGAAGGGAAGAACAAGAACCUGUGGUUGUGGAUAAUGACGAGACGGAGGAACAGAUGCUAUGUCGCGUGCCCGUGUUCGACAAUUAUGAUGUGAGAACAGAUGACUUGGACAGUUUUUCCGACAUGGAUUUCGCGGAGUUUGCUGCUGAUGUUGAAAACCUACUUGAUAAAGAAGACGAUGAAAUAAGUGAGCGUGUGGGAGGGGGAGUUCAGGGUGCAAUGGCGAAGGUUAAGGAUGAAGAGGACGUUGAUGGUGAUGUAGCGUGUUAUCUGGAGUCAGUUUUUGACAUGACGAACGAUGAUGCCUUUCAUUGGAAUAGCAUUGAGUCCGUGUUGUCAGAUACACGGGAAAAGGAGUGUGUGGUGGCGAGUGACGGUGCUGUUGGUGAAGAAGGAGGAACAAAGAGAGACAUAUUUUUGAGACUGAACUACGAUGAGGUUAUAACCGCAUGGUCUAGCCAAGGUUCUUCUCCCUGGACAACUUCAAACCCACCUAAGUUCAACUCUGGCUAUGACUUCUGCUUGGGUCUGAGUGGUGUAGAUGGGGACGUAAGAGCCUUAAGGGGUGACCUAGACGGAGGAAGAGAGGCAAGAGUGUCGAGGUACAGAGAGAAGAGAAGGACUCGUUUGUUUGCAAAGAAAAUAAGAUAUGAAGUGAGAAAGUUGAACGCAGAAAAAAGGCCCAGAAUGAAAGGUCGUUUUGUGAAGAGAACAUGCUUUGUGGGGGCGAAUGCUUUUCCUGCUUACCAAUGACAUCUAUCAGUUAACGGAUCCAUCUUUGCUAUUUCUGCAAAUUUGGAUCAAUACUUGGUUUGGCUAUAUAUGUAUAUAUAGCCUGUAUUAUAUUAAACUAGUAAUAAUAUUACUGGGCAGUCUUAAUUUUACUAGACUUGUUGCUUGGGAUAUUUCUGUUUAUAUAUAUAUCUCCGGCAGGUUUAAUUAGUAAUUAGUACUAAUUGACCAUCUUCCUUCUCAGCAAACUUAUUGGGUAAUCCAAUUUUUGAAGCCUUUUUGUCGUUUCC